GACGUGGACGUAAACACGGUAGCGCUGUUUUGAUGUUGCUGUGCUCAAUACUGGAAAAGGGUAGAUCUUUAUGUUCUGAUCUUAGAGGUUGUCUUAUGACCAGAGCUGAGCUGAGGAAACCUCAUCAUGGCUGAUAGUAGUGACAGUGAUGCUGAAGUUACGUUUGAAAGUGCAGACGAAGGUGAACAGGAUGAAACUGUUGAGAAAAAAGAUGACAAUGAUGCUUCCAAGCCAGUACCAUCUAAGUCACAGGACAAUGAAAGUGUUGCAAGUGCUACACAGAAAUCAACAGAAAGUGAACAUGCUGAUAGCUUCAGAACAGAAGUAAAUGUUGAUGAAUCAAGAACUAAAGGUGAAGAAAGCAUGGAAGAGCCAGACAUGAGCAAACAAAAGAAUGGAAACGAUGGUAAGGGAAUGGAGCAUGAUGUCAACAAAACUGAAAGUAGAACUGACUUAUCGGAUGAAACAGGGGGAGGAGACGCAAAGGAAUCUGUCAAGACUGAUGAUGGCAAUGAAACAGAGGGAACUCCAGGAAAAGAAAAAGAACAAAAGGAGCCAGAGGGAGAAGAGAUAGUAAAUCGAGGAGCUUCUUCUGGACAAGAGGAUACAGAGGCCGAUGCUAAAGCAGGCAAGGCCCCAGAGAAUGCUUCUAGUGCAUCAGGUGGUGGUUGGGGAUGGGGUGGAUGGGGGACAUCCCUUCUCUCUUCUGCUGCUGCAACAGUCACCAAGGUCUCUGACAAUGUUGGAAAGGGUCUUACUCAAGUCUUGGAGAAUGUUGAGACAUCAUUGGGUGUACCGAAGCCAGAGGAACUCGGAGAGAUUGAGAAGGAGGAAGCAAAGAAGAUGGCCAGGGAGAAAGAAGAGCAAUCAGCCAAGCCAGAUGAAGGGGAUCAAGAAAUAAAAGAGGGAGAAUGUUCAGAGGAUAAGAGUGAAGGACAAGAGGAAGAAGUGAAAGAGAAAGAAGGUGCUGGUAUUGGUAGUUUUUUCUCUUCAGGUGCAUCAGUCCUCACCAGUGCCAUGGGCAAGACGGUGAGUGGUGGCCUUGAUGCCCUUGAGAUGAUUGGACGUAAGACAAUGGACAUCCUCCAGGAAGGUGACCCAAGAUUAGAGAAGAAAAGAGGAAUGAUUAUUCCAAAAAGAGAGAAAAGUAACCUGUCAGAGGUUUUAAGACAAGCCAAGAAAGAUGCAGAAGAAGAGGCUGCUAGGAGACAGGAGGAAGAAGAACAUCAGAAGUACAACUAUAGCUUUCUCUUUGACCAGUAUCAAGGUCUAGCUCAUCUAGAAGCUCUUGAGAUGUUAUCCAAUCAGAGUGAAACCAAGGUUCAAUCAUCUAUCUCCAUAGUAACGGAUGAUAGGUUAGAUGAUCUGAAGACUGAACUCCUAGAGGUCAGGGAUGCAUUCCAGCUAGAGGAUCUAGAUGCAGUGGAUGAAGAAACUGCUAGCGAUCAGGACUUUGUAAAUGUCAUCACCGAGCUGCUUUUUAGUUUGAGCAUGGCUGCAACUCCAGACAAGUUACAGAGGGUUCAAAAGGAGACAAGAGAUUGGUUAGCGACUCACACAUCACAACAAAAUGAAGAGGAUGAUAAAGAGAACACGAUAGAUAUCAAGGAUAUUCAUGCUAAGGCAAUGCAGACCCUCGCAGAGCUUACAGCCAGGACAAUUGAACAGUUCCACAAAGUAUCAGAACUUAUGCUGCUAGGUCAGGAGACAGAACAAGCCAAGGCAAAGAGUCCAGUGGAAAGAGCUACCACAUUAUCAAAGCUAGCUAGUAUUUUGUCUGCGGAGGUCAGCUCUGUUGCGACCAAAUUCUGUGAGCUGUUGAGUUCCUUGGGUGAUCAGGGGUCAGAGGAAGUCAAUACCAUCAUAACAAACAUCUAUCUUGAGGCUUCUAACAGCACAUCAUACAUCCAGGAUGCAUUCCAGCUUCUCCUACCAAUCCUACAAGACAUUGUGGUGAUGACAAAGAACUCAGAAGAUGAGACCUCAUAGUCUACACCAAACUUUCUGAUAUAAAUUCAAUUCAAAGGGACAACAUCCACAGGAACAGACUGAAAUAUUAUGACUGUUAUCCCUCUAUGAAGAACAGUGUGGAGACAUAUUUGGCAGUCAAACCUGUUUCAUUGCCACGAGUAGACAGGGAUUAUAUGAUGAAGUUAUUCUUUUGUGUGGAGGGUACACAGCCUUCUUAUGGUUUUAAUUCAAAGGAAGAACUUUGGAAUAGACUGCAAUGUCAUAACUGUUAUCCCUUGAUUAAGAUCAGUGUGGAAAAUACUUGGCUGAGAUGCCAGGGAAUAGUCUAUAUUUUGUGGAGCAGCAUGUUCUCUGUUCCAUUCAGUGGAUUGUUGUUGGUGCAUAGGUAUUAUGAUCAAGACAUUGCUUUUAGCUGCAUGUGAGAUUGUCUUUAAGAUUAUUUCACAAUCUACAACUCUGAUUAUUACCUGUAAGUCAUGUCCCCAAUGCUUAAUGAAUAUUUGAGUUACUGAACUUGCCAUGUUAGUCUCGGUGGACUUGACUCUUAUUCCUCAGUCAUCAUCGAAGAGAUUGUCACAUAUGCUAAUGUAUGUAUGAGUUUCAUGUAUGGCGUAUGUUCCCACAUCUUUAGAUAUUUGCAGAGAUAUUGGAUUUUAAAACAUUGAAAUUAAUGAAAUGGUCAAUUAAAUAUUUAUGUGAAACAUGAAGUAAAAAUUAUAUAUUUAUCAAAGUGCUGAAGGAGUUUAACUUUCUGAGUGAAACAUGUGCUAUUAUAAUAAAUGAAAUGUUAGUAAGGCAAUAUUGUUAACAAGUUAACAUUUUUGUUCAGGUUCAUGUUAAUGUCGCCUUCAUAAUCAUCCUGCCAUCCCUGUCAAUAUUUCAUCAUCAUCAUCAUAUCAUCUUAGCUACUGUGAUAAUGAUUUUCAUUCAUUUUCGAUUCAAUCCUUGUUUAUUAAUGAAAGCAUUUGAUCUUAUAAUAGCUCCUUUUGUGUAAACAUUGACAUUUCCAAGUGUAUUGUUGUAUCUCAGAUGUACAACAU